ACUGCUGUUUUCCGUUCCACCGUCUGGUAACACUGCGGACGGCCAUUGAAAAUACAUUUUUUUCUGCAAAGUUUGUCAUUGUCACUGUGUGAAUGGAAUCUGUGAUGCGUUGUGGAAUUAAUAACGUGCAGUAAACGACCCGUAAUGGUUCAAGUGCCCGACGCGUCGGCGAUUGCAGUGCGAAUAACUAUGAAUUGAUACGAAAGUUGCAUAACACGUCGCCUGGUGUCGCGGUUAGUGUGUUUUUCGUCUCGUUUUCGUUUCCGCCGCAGUCGCAAUUUCCAGAAAACCUCACCACACCACACCACCACGCACACACACACUCGUACAGCAACGCGGAGACGCGGCGGCGGAAAAAGUGUGCGUACUGUGGAUAUAGCCCCUCGAUCUGAACCCAAAUUGGAGUCCCCGAAAAACAACGAAAUCAAGUGUGGCGUAGCCAAUGUGCUGUGCGAUCCCCGCUGCCCCCUCCGUACCGCCGCCACCCUUGACACUGCAGCAACGCACACGGACACGGAUACGGAUACCAAUACCAGCGCACUCCAGCACGGCCGACAAAGAAAGAGAGCUCUCUCUUCUUCUUUGUACAGUUAGUUCCUACAGCUGAAUCAGCUAAAAGGGAAUUAGUUGCCUAAACAGAGGCGUAGGUUGAAUGUGAAGCGGAGGAGCCCAAAACCAAGCCCCAAACAUCCCCGCAAGACACAAAAGCACAGACAAGAAAAACCACCAUGAGUCUCCUGGCCACGCCAAUGGCCCCAGCGGCCACCGCCUCAUCCUCUUCAUCCGCGGCCAGCGGGAUUCCACCCAGCGCCAACAACAACCUGCCUUUUGAGAAGGACAAGAUCUGGUACUUUAGCAAUGAGCAGCUGGUCAACUCACCAAGCAGAAGGUGCGGCAUUAAAAGCGAUGACGAGCUGCAGUACCGCCAAAUGACCGCCUAUCUGAUCCAGGAGAUGGGCCAACGUCUACAGGUCUCUCAGCUAUGUAUCAACACGGCCAUUGUGUACAUGCAUCGGUUCUACGCCUUCCAUUCGUUCACCCACUUUCAUCGGAAUUCCAUGGCGUCGGCGAGUCUCUUUCUGGCCGCCAAGGUUGAGGAGCAGCCAAGGAAGCUAGAGCAUGUUAUCAGGGCCGCCAACAAGUGCCUGCCGCCGACCACCGAGCAGAAUUACGCCGAACUCGCCCAGGAGCUUGUGUUCAACGAGAACGUGCUGCUGCAGACGCUGGGCUUCGACGUAGCUAUCGACCAUCCCCACACCCAUGUGGUGCGCACCUGCCAGCUGGUCAAAGCAUGCAAGGAUCUGGCGCAGACCUCGUACUUCUUGGCCUCGAACAGCCUACAUCUGACCUCGAUGUGCCUGCAAUACCGCCCCACCGUGGUGGCCUGUUUCUGCAUUUACCUGGCCUGCAAAUGGUCCCGCUGGGAGAUCCCCCAGUCGACUGAGGGCAAGCACUGGUUUUACUACGUAGACAAGAGUGUCUCGCUGGAUCUUCUGAAGCAGUUGACCGAUGAGUUUAUCGCCAUCUACGAAAAGAGUCCUGCCCGCCUUAAGUCCAAGCUCAACUCCAUUAAGGCGAUCGCCCAGGGAGCCAGCAACCGGACAGCUAACAGCAAGGAUAAGCCCAAGGAGGACUGGAAAAUCACAGAGAUGAUGAAGGGCUAUCAUUCGAACAUCACGCCACCUCCGGAACUGUUAAAUGGCAACGACAAUCGGGAAAGGGAGCGGGAUCGGGAACGAGACAGAGAGCGAGAUCGGGAUCAAUCAAUUUUGCCGCCUCCAGCGAUGGUGCCACAGCAGAGACGCCAGGAUGGUAGCCAUCAACGCUCGUCUUCGGUGGGCGGAGUGCCGGGCAGUAGCUCCUCGUCUUCCUCCAAUCACAAGAUGCCAAACUACCCUGGUGGUAUGGCACCCGACGCGCAUUCAGAUCAUAAGUCCAAACAGCCAGGCUAUAGUAAUCGCAUGCCCUCAAGCCACCAGCGUAGCAGUAGCAGCGGACUCGGUUCCUCGGGAAGCAGCAACCAGCGCAGCAGCUCCUCAUCGUCAUCGUCGAGCCAGCAACCCGGUCGACCGUCUAUGCCCGUAGACUAUCACAAAUCCUCGCGCGGCAUGCCCCCAGUUGGCGUGGGUAUGCCACCGCAUGGCAGCCACAAGAUGCCUUCAAGCUCUAAGCCUCAGCCACCACAGCAGCAGCAGCAAGUCCCCCAUCCAUCCGCCUCAAACUCAUCUGCAUCGAGUAUGUCCUCUAAGGAUAAGUCCCAGAGCAGCAAGAUGUACCCGAACGCUCCGCCGCCAUACAGUAAUAGUGCCCCUCCCAACCCGCUGAUGUCGCGUGGUGGAUACCCUGGCGCCAGCAAUGGAUCCCAGCCACCACCUUCAUCCGGUUAUGGAGGUCAUCGCAGCAAAUCAGGCUCAACCGUCCAUGGCAUGCCGCCCUUCGAGCAGCAACUGCCCUAUCCCCAGAGCCAGAGCUACGGUCAUAUGCAGCAGCCAGUGCCUCAACCUCAGCAGCAACAGAUGCCCUCGGAGCCUACUCAGCACUCUUCACAGUCCAAAAACUCACUAUUCAGUCCAGAGUGGCCCGACAUUAAGAAGGAGCCUCUUGCACAGUCGCAACCGCAGCCCUUUAACGGACUCUUACCACCUCCGGCGCCACCAGGUCACGACUACAAACUGAACAGCCAUCCGCGCGAUAAAGAAAGUCCCAAGAAAGAACGACUCACGCCCACCAAAAAGGACAAGCACCGUCCUGCUAUGCCUAUGGGCAGCAGUGGCAGCAGUUCCUCUGCUUCGGGUUCAUCAAAACCGAUGCUACCGCCUCACAAGAAACAAUUGCCCCACGGCGGGGACCUGCUGACCAAUCCUGGAGAGAGCGGCAGCCUGAAACGGGCCAACGAGAUCUCUGGCAGUCAAUACGGGCUAAACAAGUUGGAUGAUGACAGCAGUAACAUGCCACGAGAGAAGCUGCGUAAACUGGACAUACCGAUGUAUCCUGGAUACGAGGAGAAGCACACGCCUUUAAAUAUGUCCAACGGAAUAGAGACGACACCGGAUCUGGUGCGCAGUUUGCUGAAGGAAAGUCUGUGUCCAUCUAACGCCUCGCUUUUAAAACCGGAUGCCUUGACCAUGCCCGGUCUUAAACCCCCGGCUGAACUGCUGGAGCCCAUGCCCUCGCCGUCGACAAUCAAGAAAGAACCAGGAAUUACUCCCAUUACCAGUCUGGCUGGUGGACCUGCCCCAAUGGAUCUGGAAGUGCCUACCAAACCGUCUGGGGAGAUUAAGGAAGAAAUCAGCAGCAAGUCCGAAAAGAAAAAGAAGAAGGACAAGCACAAACACAAGGAGAAGGACAAGUCUAAGGAUAAAACGGAAAAGGAAGAACGCAAAAAGCACAAAAAGGACAAACAGAAGGACCGCAGCAGUAGUGGCGGCAGUAAGGACAGUUCUCUGGCCAAUGAACCGCUGAAGAUGGUAAUCAAGAAUCCAAAUGGAAAUCUCCAGUCGGGUGCAUCAGCAGCUCCCAUUAAGCUCAAGAUCAGCAAAAAUAAGGUUGAGCCUAGUAACUAUUCUGCAGCGGCCGGAAUGCCGGGAGCUACUGGCUAUGGCUUGCCUCCAGCUACGGCUACUACGGCGUCAUCCUCCUCUACAGGACCAGCUGUUCCUCCAGGUCUGCCUCCUUAUGGCGCCGGCGGAGGUGGCUAUAGCUCUUCAGGUGGCAGCAGUUCCGGUGGUAGCAGCAAGAAGAAGCACAGCGAUCGUGACCGCGACAAGGAGAGCAAGAAGAACAAAAGCCAAGACUAUUCGAAAUACAAUGGAGCUGGUGGCGGCGUCUUUAAUCCCCUUGGCGGUGCUGGCGCCGUACCCAAUUUGACCGGAGGAAUGGGCGCUCCGCUAACCACUGCCGUACCACCUUCUAUGCUGUUAGCGCCGACCGGCGGUGUACCGCCCUCGGCCUUAGGGCUGGCACCGCCUCCCAUGCCCAUCUACAACAAAAAGUAGUGGCAGCGGUCAACGGGUUAGGUCCUUAAGUUGCACUUUUUGAUAUGUGUUAGAACCUCAGUAAGUCCGUUUGGUAGGCUAGUUGUUAGAUUGUUGGUGAGAUGCAUUAUUCAUUUAAGUUAAGCGCAAAGCUAAAACUCUAAAUAACGAGUCGAGUCGAGAUGAGAGAAGAGAAGAGGUGGGAUGAGGAGAGGAGGUCGCGAUGGGGUAGGAUGGAACUCAAAACGCGAAAACUUUUGUACAGCAUUAAUUAAUUUAUAAUUAUAAUAAAUCACAUACAUAUACGCCCA